AUGCCCCCCCUGCAGUUCGCCCCCCUGCGCCUCCCCCUGCGGCGCCGCCUGCAGACCCUGGCCGUGCUGCAGUGGGUUUUCUCCUUCCUCCUCCUCGGCCAGCUGUGCACGCUGCUGUUCGUGCUGGCGCUGCGGGGCCCGCUCUGGCCGCUGGCGCUGCUGUACGCGCUGUGGCUGCUGGCGGACCGGGACACGCCGCGCCGCGGGGGGCGCCCUUGCGCCUGGGUGCGCGCCUGGCCCGUCUGGCGUCACUUCCGGGACUACUUCCCCAUCUCGGUGAUCCUGGGUCUGGUUUCCUCGGACCCCUCCAGCCUCGAGCACCUCCUGGCUCAGCCCCGGGGGGGCCGCGUGGCCGUGAUCGCCCUGGGGGGACCCCCGGAGGCGCUGGAGGCGCGGCCGGGGGGGCUCCGGCUGCAGCUGCUGCGCAGGAGGGGCUUCGUGCGCAUCGCCCUCAAACAUGGGACCCCGCUGGUCCCGGUGUUCAGUUUCGGGGAGAACGAGCUGUUCCGGCAGGUUCCGAACCCGCCGGGCUCGCGGCUCCGGCGCCUCCAGCUGCGGCUCCAGAAGGUUCUGGGGGUGGCGCUGCCGCUGUUCCACGCCCGCGGAAUCUUCCAGUACAACUUCGGGCUGCUGCCCUUCCGCAGGCCCAUCCACACCGUGG